GCCUCUCACGGCGAACCAGUUGGCGCUGCGAACGCAUAGCGACGGUCGCGGCCGCAGCCGCUGCUACCGACAAUUCCAGCUGAUUUCCAGCCUCACUGUGCCGUACGCCCGUCGCUCCCAGCGGGACAUCCAGUGCCGAAGCCGUUUGUGAUCUCAGUCGAGAGAAAGUGUCAGUAUGAGUGCUGUUGACUGAAAGCCGGGUAUCGAAGAAGCUCCGCCGCCAGCGGAAAGGAACGGGAAGAGGGAAGGACGAGAACUGCAGGGAGCAGAGCCACUACCUACUUAGGACUCCUGACCUGACACGACGAUGAAGACGCAGAGUGGAAGUGGGCGGUCGCUGGCUGCCGUGUUGGCGCUGCUUGCGGUGUUGGCGGUGCCCUGCCACUGCGAGCUGCCAGAGCUGGAGUGCCCCGAGGAGUGCGACUGCCACUACUUCCGCAUCAACUGGGUCACCGACUGCUCCGGCUCCAACCUCACCGCCGUGCCCACGCUCGAAGAGGGCCUCAGCAUCAAUGUCUACAUCCUCAACAUGAACGACAACGACUUGUCCGAAGUCCAGACUUUCCCUCCCGGUAUCAAGCUACGCACGCUCGAGAUGGCUGGCAACAACCUCACUGAGCUCAAGAGAGAAUACGUCCAGGGGCUUGGCUACCUGCUGGAUGCAGACUUUUCGAGCAACAAGAUCGCCAGAGUCGAUCCCGACGCUUUCCGGGACAGUCCCGGCUUCAUCACAUUGGACCUGCGUAGAAACAGGCUGCAGCCGGUGGACUCUCCGUUCCUGGUGUCACGCACGCUGAUGACGCUCGACCUGAGCGAGUGCGGCCUGACUCGACUGUCGCCGCAGUUUUUCACAAACCUGACGUCGCUGAGCCGCCUCGACCUGUCCGGCAACCCGCUGGGCACGCUGCUCCCUGGCAUCCUGGACCCUCUCACUGUGCUGGAGACGCUCUACCUCAGCAACUGCAACCUGUCUCACCUGUCCGACACGGCCUUCGCCCAGCUUGCGCACCUCAAGACGCUGGACAUGUCCUACAACCGCCUGACGCUUGUCGACUGGACGCUGGUGCUGGGGCCGAUGCGGCUGCUGGAAACGCUCAUCCUCCGGCGCUCCGCCAUCACUUACUUGCCUGCAGACGCCUUUGCCAACAACACAUACUUACGAAAUCUUAUACUGGGGGAAAACGAGUUGCGCGACCUGGACGUCGGAACCACACUCGGACACAGUUUACUCUACCUCGACACUCUAGAUCUGACGAAUUGUCAUCUGCACGGGCCGCUCGCCGAAAAUCCGUUUACUAACGCGACGAAGCUGCGUACUCUAAUGCUGUCAGGGAACCACCUGUCAUCAGAAGUACUCGGACAGGCGCUCGAGCCGCUGACCAGACUUCAACGUCUCUAUCUCAGUAAUUGUAGCCUCACACAGCUCCCACAAAAUACUUUCGACAACUUAACCUCGCUUCACGAACUGGACAUAUCUUCCAACCCUCUCAAUGACGCCUUUACGGGGAUUCUCUCACCUCUCGAAUCGUUGGAGGUGCUCAACAUGGCGAACAGUAAUCUGUCCCAUAUUUCGGCCAAUACUUUCUCCAAAAUGACGCAUCUGAAGCGCCUAGUCCUGUCUAACAACCCACUUACUGAUUUGGAAUACGGCCUCUUCCAGAAUUUGACCAAACUCGAGGUACUGGAGCUCAACGACUGCGGCUUGCAGCAUCCGCCCGACGCACAAGUGUUUUCGAAUGACCAGUCUUACACGAAUCUGCAAGAACUGCGACUGGCUGGCAAUCCACUAAUUGUGGAGGAGGGAGAGCCUCUGUUACCCCGACAGUUCUCCGGGCUACGAGUCCUAGACAUCAGCCGCUGCAAUAUAACUCAGUUGCCGCGCGAUCUCUUCGUGUCGACACCGAACCUGACGACGCUCAUCCUCCGAGGUAACUUGCUAGGCUCCCGCAGCGGCGGCGAACUGAAGGCCGACUUCCUGGAAACCAUACCGAGCCUCGAAGUUUUGGAUUUGAGUUACUGCAACUUGUCCAAAAUAUCUCCGCGCACUUUUGCCCACAGCCCCAACCUCUCGACCCUGCGCCUCACGGGCAACCCGUGGAAGUGCGACUGCUACAUCGCCGACAUGUGGAACUGGGCGAACGUGGGCAAGGGCAACCUGGCGAUCCUGGAAGGGUUCACGGUGCCGCCGGAGACGAAGCCGCGGCGUAAGGGCCUGCUGUGCCACUACGAGCCGGGCAAGCAGCGGCCGCGCGCCGCCAGCCGCAUCCGCCACCGCGAGCUGAGCAACGAGCGCACGUGGGCGCGCUUCGUGCGCGAGGCGGGCUGCGAGCUGACGCCGCCCGCGCGCGGACCCGCGGGCCGGCGCGAGAGGCGCUCGGCCAGGCAGGCGGGCGGCCACGGCGCGCUGAGGCCCGCGUUCGCGCUGCCCACGGCCGCCGCCCUGCUCGGGCUCGCCGCCGGCAUCGGCGCCUUCUCCUUCCUCAGGUCCCGCCGACAUGCCAAGCACUGAACACACCACCUCCCACAGGCCUCUGCAUCCCUGCCUGCAGGCCGUAACUAGUACGAGGCCUUAACAUUUUUCCUUUAGCUCACAGCGUUUCGUUAGGAAUGUCUCCACACGAAUCGGGACUAUUUAGGUUAACAUUACGUUCGUUGUACUUUCUUAGUGUUCACUUUUAUCGUCCUCUCAUAUUCAGAUUCGUUAAUGACAACAAUUUAUGACCGUGUGUCACACAUUCUUUCUUUUCUUUUAUUUUCUUUUCUAAGUGCCAUGGACACUCGAGAAAGUUUUCAAUAAAUUACUAUACAACACAAGAGGGACGAUUCAUUCUUUCUCGAAGAAGUUCCAUAUUUUCACCGCAGAAUAAGUUGAUUGCCUGUUAAGCAUUUAUUUCGUUUCAGUUAUGCAGAAAUGUUAUUCGUCAUAUAUUGUCCUGAGAUUUUUGUAUUUAAUGUAUAUUUACUGAACUGCACUGAGAACAAAUAAAAUACUUACAGACCCGUCUUAAUUUAUUUCAACAAACACUACAUUAGCAAAAGUGUUUCCAAUGACUGUGAUCUAUACGUUUUGUAUAAGACAAUAAAGUACCGAGUACUUGUUUUAAUAAAUAAACGUCUAGAGUGUAUACAAUUAA